GGCAUGCUCAGCUGGUGAGAAGAUUGUUGGCUUUGCGUUUGCAAGCACGAAAAACGCACGCACGUUUUAUAAAAUCCUAGCACUUAAUCAUUGGUGACGGAUUUAUUGAACAUCGGAAGCACAAAGCUGUGGGAUUUAAGAGUGAUUGCAUCUACAGUAACCAUGUCCCAAUUUGGGUUUGAGAAUGACAUUCACAACGUCCUGAGAUUGGAUAUGCCAAUCACAAACGCCCCGAUGGCGAGGUGGCAGAGGAAGGCCAGCACAUCCAACUCCACAAACUCACUCUCACCCAACAAGAGUGUAAAUCGAUCAGUAAGCCUCUCUAAAACACCAAGUAAAACACCAGGAAAGAAUGGCAAGACUCAAAACACACCCUCUAAGGCAGGAGGAGAUCGUUUUAUCCCCACAAGAAAUAACAAACAGUUGGAUGUGGCGAGUUUUCUUAUUUCCAAAGAGAACGAGCCAGUUGAAGAGGGUUCAUCCUCAUCAGCACCAAAUCAGAAAGCUUGGUCUGUGACACUAAAUGGAUAUGACCUUGAAGAAGCAAAGAUCUUGCAUUUGGGAGGGAAACCACUUAAUGCCCCUGAGGGUUAUCAGAAUAACUUGAAGGUUCUCUACAGCCAAGUGCCCACACCUGUCUCAACCAAGAAGAGUCGGUACAUUUCCUCUGUUCCAGAGCGGAUUCUAGAUGCCCCUGAUAUCAGAAAUGAUUUCUAUCUGAACUUAAUCGAUUGGGGACGGCAAAACAUGUUGGCAGUUGGCCUGUCCAGCGACGUGUAUUUGUGGGAUGCUGCUGCAGGGGACAUCGUUUUAUUGAAAAAAAUGGAGGAUGAAAACAGUUACAUCUGCUCUGUCUCUUGGAGCAAAGAUGGCAAUUUCUUGGCCAUUGGGACAAGUGAUUGUAAAGUUGAGUUGUGGGAUGUGCAGUACCAAAAACGUCUUCGCAGUAUGGAUGGCCAUUCAGCAAGAGUUAGUUGCUUGAGUUGGAACGAUCACGUUUUAUCUAGUGGCUCCAGAUCUGGUUUGAUUCAUCAGCAUGAUGUUCGGGUAGCAGACCAUCACAUAUUCACCUUUGGGGGACACGCCCAGGAAGUCUGUGGCCUUACCUGGUCCCCCGAUGGGAAAUAUUUAGCUAGUGGUGGCAAUGACAACAUGGUGUUCAUUUGGCCAAUGACGAUGGGCACAGAGAAUAAAGCGAUUCAUGCUCUUAAUGAACACCAAGGUGCUGUCAAGGCUUUGGCAUGGUGCCCGUGGCAACCUAGCAUCCUUGCGUCAGGUGGGGGUACCAGUGACCGUCAUAUUCGCAUCUGGAAUGUCAAUAGUGGCUCCUGUAUCAGUGCCUUACCUACUUGUUCACAGAUAUCAUCUCUUGUAUUUGCACCAAAUUAUAAGGAGCUGGUGUCCGGUCAUGGUUUUGCUAAUGACAAGGUUAUCAUCUGGAAAUACCCCUCGCUCACUAAAGUUGUGGAGCUUGAAGGACAUGAAGACAGAGUUCUGAACUUAUCACUCAGUCCUGAUGGUUCCACUGUGGCUUCUUUAGCAGCUGAUGAAACCAUCAGACUUUGGAAGAGUUUUGAGAAGGAUCCUGUCAAGAAACUCAAGACAUCUAGCAGCAUUAUUCAGCAACAGAUUAGAUGAGAUUUAUUUUUUUUUUUAAAGAUAUAGUGGGAAAAUUACAAAUCUUCAAAAUCUUAAUGUUGACUCUCAGGAUUUACUGUAAUUUGGCAAAUUCCAUUCUCAACCAUAAUUGACUGUCCCUUUUUGCUGCAUUUUCAAGUGCUCAAUAGAGCAUAAGUGGUCGUGGUUAAUUGGGGUUCCCAAAAGAACACUCACUUGGGAAGCUAAAUCCCCAAAGGACUUUUAAGUGACUAAUGAAUUUUGCUUUUUUUUCACCCUACUCUGAAUUAUUUAACCCUGAAAUUGAUUAAAUUAUAUUCAAAUGUGAAUUUCAAAUAAA